CGAGCUGAAGUUGUCAAGAAAAAUGUGAAGACCUUGUAAUAAAACUAAAAGCUUUUAGUGUUCAUGGCAGGUCCAGGCUGGUUGGAGUCCUCCCUGAGGCGCUCAGGCAGACUGGGCCUGGAGGUGCUGGAGCGAGCCUCAAGAAGAAGUGUGGACUGGACCAGCAUUAGUGCAUCCCAGACCCCCAGUACUACAGAUGAAGAGGCUCAUGUAACAGUUAAGAGAACUCACUCAGAGCUCGAUGACGCCUUUGUAUCUAUUGCAGCGCUUAUGACACAGACGACCUGUCACUGCAAGAGGUAUUAUGAGUCUGGCCACUGCUCUGAGCUCAGUCACAGUGAAAAGACCCACAUGUCCAGGUUCCACUCAAGGCCAGGAACUAGGACAUCAACCAAAAAACAAGGUCAGGUCGGCACAUCGGAGGAAGAUUUUUACAUUGAGGUCUCUCCUGGAACGUAUGCCAUCACCGCCGGUUUGCCAGAGUGGCUGCAGCAGACCCAGCUGGUCAGUGUUAAAGCUGGGGAGAGCAUCAGCCUCGCUUUUAACCUUUGACCCCUCCUACGACUGAACCCGUCAGUCCUACGCGUCAAUAACAAAACUGACAAAUGCUGUUUUGCCCGUUUUAUACUGAUUUUUUGCACUGAGAAUUAACUUUUGUUCCAAGACAUUUUAGUUGUUUCAUAUUGAAAAGUCAUAAUAUUUAUGACACCUUUUGUGUUUUUUAUGUAGAUUACUUUAAAACCAAUUG